AUGAGGCAGCAAGAGGCCGCCAGCCAGAUGACCGAGAAGAGAUAUGCCUUGAUUGAGGUAGAGGUCACUCAAAUGAGCGGCGAAGCCCUCGCCAGCCUCUCCCUUCGCGGCACCUGUGUCAUCAGAGAUGUUAAGCUGAAGCUGGAGAGACAGCAGGGCAUCCCACACCAGCAGGCGCAGCUGGUUGUUCCAGGUGCCUUCAACAAGCUGGAGGAUCACAAGACCAUCGCAGACUGUGGCGUGAGCGGCGGGAAGCUUCUGCUGAUCCUGGUCCGAAACUCGGGCUUUCUGCCAUCAAAACGCUUCGAUGGCUCCUUGGAAGGCUACGUCUUCAAGCUUGGAGACCAGGGACUGGGCUAUUACAUUGAUUCCAUGCAGCGAGCAGCUCUCACAGCAGAGCACAGCCAGCCAGCCACCGCCAGGGAGGUGCAGUGUGACCGUCUCUCCGCUUCACAAACUGCUUGGCCUAGCAGCAUGAGCUCUGCGAACGAGGUGAUGUUUCACGACGGCCCGCGCUUCGUGCUCGAUGCGACCACGGCGCGCCAGCCACGGCAGCUGGCGGCACAUGAACUCGAAUUCCAGAGUCAGCUGGAGGCUGGUGGCCGCCUACUUGGCUUGGACAUGGAAUGGGAGCCCGACCGCUACAAAGGCCAGGACAACAAGGUCGCACUUGUUCAGAUUGCUUUGGGCGGCGCCGUCUGGCUAGUGAGAACUUGUCAGAUUCGACUCCCGGACUUCGUGCGGCGUGCGCUCGUGGACAGCUCAGUGAUCAAAGGCGUCGCUUGCUUUGACGCUGCUGACCGUGAGAAGCUGAAGGCAUCUUUCGGAAUCCAGAUUCCGAAGAAUCCCGAGGCUGCGGGCUAUGUGGACAUCAGCUUGCUUGCCAAGGAGUGCAGUUUUCCUGGCUUCGGGGUCAAGAAGCUCUGCGAUCGCUACGGGCUCCGCAUCGAAAAGAAUGUGAAGACCAGCUGCUCAAAGUGGGCAGCGGCCACAUUGUCAGAAGCACAGGUGCAGUACGCCUGCGAUGACGCCUACUUCACACUGCUGCUUCUGGGAAAGUUGCUGCAAGAAGGGUCGGUUCGGAAAUCUGAGCUGCGCAGUCGGGCAAGGGCAGCCUGUGGCUCUGUACUCCCCACUGCGUGCCACAGCCUAGGCAGGAAGGACAUGUCGAAGGAGUAUGCCUUGCUUAAGGCCUUCCUGGAAGAGCUUUGUGAGGCCACCGCACGAGCCUGCAAGUGCAACGGCGAGGCCAAGAUCCCGCUGAGCCAGUUGGGAGGCCUCCUUGACUCGGCUGGCACGGCAUUCGUCAAGCGCGCGCAAAUGCUGAAUGUCUCCCUUUCCAAGAAGUUCCUCAAGGAGCAGCAUCAGCUCUUCGUGAUGAGCUCAAACGGGGGUGGGGAUUUCGUGCGAGCGCGCUCUGCUGCUGAGAGAGCUCCUUUCAAGCAGGAGGAGCUCUCGCUGCCGUGGGCAUCAUCGCCAAAGAUGUCCUUGCAGACUUGGUUGGCCCUUCAGCUUCAGCCUCCCAUGGAUCCGGUGGAGCUCUCAGGUCGACUCUGCCUUUUGGCCCGGGCACUCGACUCGGAGGGUGACUCAGCAGCAGCGGUUGAGCUCCGCGCACUUGCAAGCGAGGGGGUCCCAUCGCAAGGAUGCGCAGAUGGCACUGCAAGCUCAAGCGACGAGCAGAAAACAACAGUGCCACCGCGUAAGGCCUUCGACCCCAAGACAACGGUGGUGGUCCGCGGCAUCCCCAAGGAUUGGACCCAGGAGGCUUUCAGGACCACCAUGGAGCUCCAGUUUGGCUCGGUCAGCGAACUCCUCAUGCCGAAAGACAAGGGAGGGCGGCACCGAGGCUUGGCCUUCGUCUCAUUCCAACACCCUGCAGUGGCGGAGCAGAUUCUGCAGAGCUCGCAUGCUGCUGACGCAUUGCGAGAUGACGCUCAAUUGACGUUCGAUGCCUAUAUUCCCAGAGCGUAG